CAGCUGUGAGCACGAGCCUUUUUCCUCUUCAUAUUUUCCAAUUUUACACGAAUAUAGGAGGCAAAGGACUGGAAUACGACGAUGGAGAUGCGAAUAUACACCGAGGAGGAGCUAAGGGCGAUGAAAUAUGGUGGCCUGCUCAAAAUAAUUAAAUCCAGGGCACUGAAAACGACGGGGAAGAAAUUGAAGACAGAAAAACUGAUUGAGAUGAUCUUAGAGUCACAGACUUUACCCGACAUGACUGAUGAUGUCGCUGCUGUUUGCGCUGCUCUUGACACUGACAGCCAAACAGGGUGUGCAGAAGAGCUGUGUGGCUCUGAGCAGGUGACUGUAGCAGGAGUAGUAGAGGCUGACCAGCAGGAAGAACUGCUUGAUGAUAUUGAGUUCCCAGAGGAGCCGUCACCUGAUCCUGAGCCAUCUAAGGAGAUGAUAACAACGCGCAGACGGGGGCGCCCCAAGAGGAAACAGUCAGUUAUGAUUGAUGCUAAAGAUGACAUCACUCACUUUGAUGACAUAAAGGAGGAGGAACCCAAGAUACCCUCACCAGAAGAGACACUAACAGAGAUAGCAUCGCUCAAGCAACAGCAGUCUGUGACCAAUGAUACAACAGACAAUGGUACAAAGCCCGGGCAAAGCAGGAAACGCCGCAGAACAAGGACCUUUGACAUUGAGGAGAAAACAGAAACGACUGAGGAAGAGAAAGAAAAGGAGCUGGCCAAAGCACCUGCCAAGAGGAGCAGGACUUCCACCUUUGAGAUUGCCGAGCCAAAAGAGGAAGGUGGAGUUUCUGAGAAUAGGCAACCAAAGCUCCGCAGAUCAUCAACCUUUGACUUGGCUUCAAAGGAGAGUGAUAAUCAGAGUGUGUCUGAGAAGGCUGAAGAGUCUGACCCCGAGCCUCGGAGAGUGUCCAGACGCAGGAGUUCUAUUAAGAAGGCAGAUGAAGUACCAGAAGUGCAGCAGACCUCCAGUGUGGGAAGUAAACCAGUGGAGACACAGAAGGUGGAUAAUGUAACAGCAGCUGUUGCUUCUCCAAGGGUUCCACAGAAAAACACCCCGAGACUGUCUAGCAUUGCCAAGAGGAAGAGCCUUGUGAUCACCCCUGCAGCCACUCCUCCUGUGAUUCACAAGGUGAAGAGCAUGAUUCUAGGAUCAGGCAAGACUCUGGGAAGCGGCAGCAAGACUGGUGGUGGAGCCAAGAUUGUGAAGCCAGUGUUCACCGUUGGCAGGGGCGAUGGACCUAGCACCAAAAAUGUUGGCAAGGAUUCCAAGCAAGACGGGAGCAACAUUCCUCGCUUCCUGUCCUAUGUGCGCAAGCCAAGAGUUCCAAACUUUGCCAAGAUCCAUGAGCGGGCCUUCAACCGCAUGGAGGCACUGGAUGACUACGUGGACAAGAAGCGCAAACGCACCAACACCUUUGGUAGUUCGGUGAAGAAGCCUCAGGUUGAUCCAGAGAAGGUCUUCAAACCAGCAGUAACCAGUGUCAAGAACCUGAACCUGAAUUUUGUUGCCACAAGAUCCCCAGCUAGAUUUGGCAAGACCCCAGUUGGCAACAAAGAACCCAAGACUGGCAACACUACCAAAACCCCAAAGAGCGGCCCUUCCCUUGCCUCCAAGUCUCCCCGGGAGGUCAAGGCCCAGUCCAAAGCCAUUCCAGCAAAAUCUCCAAAAUCAGCCAAGAAGUCUCCAAAGGUGGCAGUCACGUCAACCAAGAAACCAAAGGGCCCACACAAGUCUCCGAAAGUGCCUGCCCAAAAGUCCCCAAAAGCUGUCAGGCCAUCACCCAAAGCAGGCCAGAGUCAGGAAGGGAUGAAGGUAGCACCAGCAUCGAGCAAGAAGGUCUCACCGAAGUCUCGUGUCAGUGCACUGCCCAGAUUGCUGAAGGAAAAUGUGAAGCCGGCAGCAAGGCCAUCACUAGUUAGCCCAGCUGUGGCUAAAGUGGCAUCUGUGAAAAUGCCCCAGAGUCCAGCAUCAAGCAAAAAGACAAAUGAGAGCAGUUCCAAGAUUCCAGCUAGCAGACCAACAGGGUAUGUCCCCUACAGAGGUGCUCUGAAGCCCUUCACUGACCGUGCUACCCUGAACAAGAUGGCUGAACGAAACCCAAAUCUCAAGUCAAGGGAGCAGAUAAGAGAAGGCCACAAGAAAAUCCUAAAGGGAGUCCGAUUUAACAAGAGAUUCGAGCUGCAGAUGGCCAAGCGAGGAAUCAACCUGUCAUAGAAAUAAGAACCAAACUUCAGACAUUUGUAUUUGCUUGCUUUUGUAUAUAUAUAUUUCUGGAUAAUAUUUCCUCCCCUCUUUUAUUCAUUCUUUCUCUUUUUAUCUCUUUCCACAUGUCGGUGAUUUUUUUUCUCACUUUCUCUCUCUUUAGGUAACAUGGAUUUCAAGUUACAUUUGUAUUGUAUAGAGAUUGAAGAGCUUGUGAAUUAUUCAGUUUUGUACAAGGAUUUUGGUAACAGAUUAUCUUAAUUAUGGCAUUAUCUUUUUACUUCCAUUUCAACUGACCUUGUAAAUGUAUUUCAACUCUGAAUAAUCUUAAUUUUGUAAAUUCCUAAUAUUAUCAAUGUAUUAUUUUAGUUCACAGCUACAAGUUAUUUAUUAACAUCUUACAUAUUCUUAAAUGAAUAUUAUAUUUUUUUCACAUUCCCAAGCUUUAACAAAAAGCAUUUCUACAAGCAUUCUUAAUGGCUAUACUGUCUUGUAAGCAUUUGUAUUUUCUGAAUAAUUUAGAUAAUCCUUAAUGCUGAUAUAUUGACAUUAAUUUACCUGUCUCAUGGGUAGUUUUGCAUGCAUAUAAUGUCUUUCACUUUUUACUUCAAAACUUUUUGAAUUAGGAAUACUUCUGUCCCUAUUCUUUGUAUAUAAAACAUUUUUAUAUUUUAUUAUUUUAUUUGUUUGCAGCAUUGCAAAUAACACUGAUCAUUAAGCAAAGUUGUACCUGCUGUGUUUCUAAACUGAUAUCCUUUGUCAGCUUUAGCACAGAAAUUUUUAUGAUUUUGAAAAUAAUAGAGUAUACAACA